AGGUAUCCCAUGUGAGCGCCGGCUAUCUAUAUGGAGGAUAUGGAGGUUAUGGUAGAUAUGGUGGUUAUGGCGGAUAUGGAGGUUACGGUGGUUACGGCCGUGGAUACGGGGGUGGACAACAGUGUCAGCGCAUUCCGGUCGUUGUCUCUAUGGCUGAACCCACUGCUGAGCCGUACGCACACUAUCAUCGACUCCGACGCUCAGCCCUACCCUAUCUUAGCCUUAGAAAGGAUGGGCUCUCACGCUAUUUACCGAUUGCCUAAACACAGGCAACCAGACCUAUGCUGA